AUGCUGUUAGCACCACGCAUUACUGAGCACACACUGCACAAAGGUGAUAUAGUGACGGUCCCCACCCAAGAGAUGCUUGAAGCGGUCUUGAAAACGACUUUCAAGGACGAUGUAUAUCGAGAAGAUAGCACGACCGAAAGCUUUCAAGCUGAGAUGGCAACCUUGACAGGGCAUGAGGACGCCAUUUUCAUGCUCUCCGGAACAAUGAGCAAUCAGCUUGGGCUCAGAGCUCUUCUCAUGCAACCGCCGUAUUCAGUUCUGACUGACUCGCGUGGGCAUAUCAUCCAUUAUGAAGCUGGAGGUGUAGCCAGUUUGACUGGCGCGAGCUUACAGCCCGUGGUGGCGAGCAAUGGCAAGUAUCUGACUCUCGAAGAUAUACAGGGCAAAGCUGUGUUGGAUGAAUAUGUCCAGUACUCCCCUACUAGGGUCAUCUCUCUCGAGAACACUCUUAAUGGACUGAUCAUGCCUCUCGAGGAGGUGCGCAGAAUCUCGACCUGGGCUCACCAAAAAGGUCUCAAGAUGCAUCUUGACGGUGCUCGACUUUGGGAUGCUGUGGUCGCUGGAGCUGGCAGCUUACUCGAGUAUGCUCGGGAAUUCGACACUGUAAAUCUGUGUUUCUCGAAGGGUCUGGGGGCCCCGCUAGGAAGUAUUUUGGUCGGAAGCAAAAAAACAAUUGCUGUCGCAAGAAAGAUCCGACAAAGCAUCGGAGGCGGUAUGCACCAGGCAGGCGUGCUCACAGCCAUGGCUCGAGUCUCUUUAAAUGCUACCUUUGGGACAGGCGUCAAUGGAAAAGGUUCCUUGCUGGCCCAAUCCCACAAGAAUGCUAAGUAUAUUGCAGAUCUUUGGGUAAGACUUGGUGGAAAAUUGCUCGGCCCCACGGAGACUUGCAUGGUCUUUCUAGAUAUCAAAGCUGCUGGCAUCUCCCGAAUCAGGCUCGAAGAAUUGUCGGCUCAAAACGGAUUAGUGAUAAAGAAUGAGAGGCUUGUUGUCCAUUAUCGUAAGUCAUGUCAAGCCGAUUUUGAGCGGGAUGGAUGA